AAGACUUGGUUAUUGAUAUGUAUGUGUUUGGUUCUACUAAUCGAAAAUCUUAGAGUAAAGUUGUUGCUUAAGAUCUAGAAAUCUGAAGAAAAGGGCCGGCGGGUAUGCAAUCAGAUUAUGAAAUGGCUGGGAUCCAUCAUGAGAGAAACCAACAGUCAGCACAAAUGGAAGAGCAGCAUAGAUUCAUGGUGGAAAAUAAUGCUUCAACUUCCUCGCCAUUUUACACAAUAAACCCAAACUAUCACUUCCCUCAGCCUCAUCCUCAUCCUCUUCUCCAACAAAUCAACAAUUUGCCGAUUACUCAACAGUUUUUCCAGUAUCAACAUCCUCAUUACAGAUCCAUGUCCAUGUUAGAGCAGCAACAAGAAGAAAUAAGGCUAGACCACUCUCAGACGGCGGAAUUAGUGCAAGGUUCAUUUUUUCCUGUAAGUGAAGGACAAGAAGAUGCUUUGAUUCGUGGGAGUGAGCGAUACUGUACACAGCCUCGACAAACUUGUUUAGCUGUGUGGCAAAACCAAGAAGAUUCUGCUAUUAUUAAACAACCUUUUUGGAAAGAAUUUUCAAAUGGGAAUGCAACUGAGAGAAACAAACAAGAUGAAGAUCAAGAAAUGUAUCGAUCUGAAGAAAAUAAACCUAGAGUAGUAUUCGGAGAGUUGGAAGCUAUUUAUGGUGACGAUAUUCAUCGAAUUGCAUCUGAAUCUGUUCUCACAACGAACCACAAUGUCUCUUUUCCUGAUCAAUUGGUUCUGAAUGAUUCAAAUCAAGCCAUGGCUACUGAAAUCGAUAAUAAUACUAAAAAUAAUAUUGGAUCAGAAAGUGCAUCCGUUGGAGGAAGAGAAGUAGAAGCACUUCAUAAAAGGAAGAGAGCAAGAGAAUCCAUGUCAAGAUUUUUCAAAUCCUUAGUGAAUAAACUCGCGAAACAACAAGAGGAUCUACAAAGGAGUUUCAUGGAAACGAUUGAGAGAUUAGAUCAAGAAAGAAAAGAAAGAGAACAAGUGUGGAGAGAAGGAGAAUUGGCAAAGCUUCAAAAAGAAGAAGCUGCUAGAGCCCAUGAAAGAAUUUUAGCUUCGAGUAGAGAAUCUGCUCUUGUUUCUUGCUUGGAAAAACUCACUGGUCAGAAGAUCAAUUUUCAACCAUUCAAGAUCAAGGAAGAACAAAAUCAUUCUAGUUUAGUGAAAUUCAUGAAGCGAUGGCCUCAAGCUGAAGUUGACGCCUUAAUUCAGAUUAGAACUAAUUUGGAAUCCAAGUUUGCUACUACUCCAAAAGGGCUACUUUGGGAAGAAGUAAGUAACUCAAUGUCGUUAAUGGGAUUUCAGAGAAAUGCCAGAAGAUGCAAAGAGAAGUGGGAGAAUAUGCAUAAGUGUACUAGUGUCAAGAGAAGAAAAGAAAUCACCAGGGAACAGUUGAAUAGUGACUUUCUAAAUCAAGGAAUUCAUGAUAAAGAUGAAAAUGGAAGUAAGAAAGAAGAUAUGGAAGAAUAAUGAAGGAUACAAGAGAAUGAAUGAGAUAGCCAAGCUAUAAGUUCCUUUCAGGUGGAAGCUUUUUUUUUUUUUUCUCUUUUCUGAUCAUUUCUUUUUAUGUGUACUGCUAUUUGUUCAUCCUGUCAUUUCCUUUUCUUCCAACACUGAUAUGAAUUUUCAUGUCCUUUUUGAUGUAUUUAUUUCAUAGUGCUUUAAAGUCUCAAGUAUUGUGUAGGGCAUACCAACACAACUUUAAUUUGUCCCAAA